UCCUGUGUCUCAGCUGAUUAGUCAACACUUAAACUCGGUUCCGUGUUGUCUCGUUCAUUCUCUUCAGACCACUAUAAGGUGACAGUGGUAGGGCAUGAGCAAGCAACUAUCUUCUACCGACUGGCUCAUCAUGGUCUCUUUGCGACUGUUCGCACUCCUUUGGUUCGCCGUCGUGCUUGCUGUGGCAUCUCCUUUCCCUUCUCCAUCGGCUAUCUCCCAUGUAUCCCGGAAUCCCCUCAAUAGCACUGAUAUACAGAAUUGCUCGCAAUCACUCGAUAUAUCUGGAACUAUAAAUCUCAUGGCCCAACCACCUGCUAUAAACGCUGAGGCUAUUCUCAUUGGUUCCCUCAUCCUGACCGCUCUUCCAGGGAUGGACUCAGCGAGUCCCCCUUCUUAUCUGAUUGACGUAUCAAACACUACGGAGCCAGCACAUUUCCUUCUGCAUGUCGAGCCCAGAACCGUACCCAACCAGCCCGACUUGCAGGUUUGCUCAUUGCAUGCUGAGCUUCGAAACCAGACGUCGACUGAGCCCUUAUCGCCCUUCUGCGCACAAUUUUCACUAGCGGUUGGCACAGCUUCUCCUAUCACGAUCGUCCCUUGCACUACCGUCCCUUCCAAUACUACAUCUCAGCUAUUUUCAUAUGACACCGUGACGGGACUUCUGAAUCCGCUCUGGACGUCGGUUCGCACUCGAUCAAACAUUGCUCAAACGCCGAAAACUAAUCGACGAAACACGCACCAAACGAAUAUCACGCCCGCGGUCCUUACUUUCAUCCCUACCGCACCCAUAUUCCAGAAAUGAGUGACAGUUUACGCCACAGAAGCAGCUCGAUCCGAGUAUUCCAAACGCAUGUCCUUCGUUGCUUGAGGUUCUUGUCGCCUGGGG